CUAUAUAUAUUCAACCUGCUAUCAAACCCAAUUCAUAGUCCUCCUCUCUCUCUCCUUCACUGACUUUUCUCUCUCUCUCUCUCUCUCUCAUACACCAACAAAAUGGAUGGUAGUUGCAUAGAUGAGAGCACAACAAGUGACUCUCUAUCAAUCACACUGGCAUCAGCAUCAACAUCGAUUCUACUGGCGACGAAGACAAAGGCUUCGUCACCAAAGAGUCUGUGCCGUGUCGGUAGCGGGACGAGCGCGAUCCUCGACUCUUUGGAAGGCGGGGCCGAGGCAGAGUCCCGGAAGCUUCCGUCGUCGAGGUUCAAAGGCGUCGUCCCGCAACCCAACGGCCGGUGGGGCGCCCAGAUUUACGAGAAGCACCAGCGAGUUUGGCUGGGAACUUUCAACGAAGAAGACGAAGCCGCAAGGGCUUACGACAUCGCGGCCCAACGCUUUCGAGGCCGCGAUGCCGUAACAAACUUCAAACCGCUGUCGGAAAACGAAGAGCAAGACGAAUUAGAGAGCUUGUUCUUGAAUUCCCACUCGAAAUCCGAGAUCGUUGACAUGCUCCGAAAACACACGUACAACGAUGAGCUCGAGCAGAGCCGAAAAAACUACAUCGGCGGCUUCAUAAACAACAAUGGUAACAAAAAAGCGUGUUGUAAUGAAAAGUCCACUACUAAUUAUAAAAACAACGUCAAAGCAACUGAACAGCUGUUUGAAAAAGCCGUCACGCCUAGUGACGUGGGGAAGCUAAACAGGCUGGUGAUACCGAAACAACACGCCGAGAAGCACUUUCCUCUGCAGAGCGAAACCACUUCGAAAGGCGUGUUGUUGAAUUUCAAGGAUGUCGCCGGGAAAGUGUGGCGCUUUCGAUACUCGUAUUGGAAUAGUAGCCAGAGCUAUGUGCUGACCAAAGGGUGGAGCCGGUUCGUGAAAGAGAAGAGCUUGAAAGCCGGUGACAUUGUCAGCUUUUACCGGUCCACCGGUUCGGAUAACCAGCUUUUCAUCGACUGGAAGCCCAGGAACGGGUCGAACCCGGUUGUUCAGCCGGUUCAGAUGGUUAGGUUGUUUGGGGUUAAUAUAUUUAAGGUACCAAUUAGUGGUGGUCUUGAUAGUAAUUGUGGAGGGAAGAGGAUGAGAGAGAUGGAGUUGUUGGCAUUGGAGUGUAGUAAGAAAGUAAGGGUAAUUGGAGCUUUGUAACA